GAACUAUCCCUUUAAGUACAUGAAAUUGUUUGCCUACAAUGUAAGGUAAGAGGGGCUCAAAAACAGUAAAGUGGCUCUAAUGUACUGUAAUUUGAGUUCGUAGAUAUCAUGUCCAAAUUUACAGGAGUCCACGAAUGUCUCAGUCACCACCACGUUUUUAUUUUUUACAGGGUGGGGUCUCACGGCUCUUCAAAAUGCCAGAAGCUCAUUGGUGCAUCGUGUCUGAACUUGUUUAUCCUGAGCUUCAAGAUAAUGGAGGCUCUGGUCUAUUUCACCGUGUGUGAUGUGUAAGGGCCUCUCCGCCAUCCAGUCCUCAUGCCUGGAAAAGGCAAAGGGUAUGAAAGUUAAACUGACUCACCUGGCCGAAAAACAAGAGUGGGUUCAUAAACACAGAACUGAAGAAAAGCUGCCACAUGACCUGGAGACUUUGCUUAACAGCAAAAUGGGCAUUCAAGCUUUCCGAUGGUUCCUGCGUUCGGAGUUCAGUGAGGAGAACUUGGAGUUCUGGCUGGCAUGUGAAGACUACAAGAACUCAUCCGGGUCUAAACUGGCAUCCAAAGCCCAGAACAUCUACAACCGGUUCAUCAACCCAGAUGCUCCCCGUGAGGUGAAUCUGGACAGCGAGACCCGUGAAAUGUUAACGGACCUGAUGGAGACACCCACAGCUGAGACCUUUGAUGAAGCUCAGCACCGGAUCUUCACUCUGAUGGCUAAAGAUUCAUUCCCGCGUUUUCUGCGGUCCACUUACACUCAUUAGCCUCUCCAAGCCCUGUGAGACAGAACCUGUCACGAACCUUUCGGGCUAUUGAUGUGCUUCAUUACUUGUAUAAAUUUGCAUCAUCACUUGUAACCUUUUAACUGCAGCCAGGUAGGAUGUAGUUUGGUUUAUGUAAAUGUUUGAUGGAUACUAUUCAUUGUCUUUGCCACAUGAGCACUAUUUUGUCAGUAGUCUCUCACGGGUCCUUUACAUCUUUAAACCAGAUGAUUUAAUAAAAGUAUUCAUUUCAAAAGAGAUGAACGUGUGCCAUAAAAACGAAGUGUUGGUUAUACAAAGAGGCAUUCAUGUCUCACAAUAAAAUCAAGGCUGAACAAAGAAAAGGAAAUAGAGCAGGAGGGGAACUAUGAGUUACAGCUAAUAAACAGCAAGCGCU